GCAUACCCACAGUUGUUCCACCUGGACAAGGACACACCCAGGACCAGAAGUGUUUCCCUGGGAAUCAGUGUGCUAAUAUCAAAGGACAUGAGAAAUGGCUCGACAAUCACAGAGUUCAUCCUCCUAGGCUUUCCUGACAUCCAAGGACUACAACUCCCUCUUUUUAUAGUGAUCUUUCUCAUCUACAUACUAACCCUUGUAGGCAAUGGACUCAUUCUUGCCAUCAUCUGGGCUGAGCCCAGGCUACAAAUUCCAAUGUACUUCUUCCUUUGCAACUUGUCCUUCCUGGAGAUCUGGUAUACCACCACGGUCAUCCCCAAACUGCUAGAGACCUUCGUGGUGGCAAGGACAGUUAUCUGCAUUCCCUGCUGCCUGCUUCAGGCCUUCUCACACUUCUUCCUGGGCACGACCGAGUUCUUCAUCCUCACUGUCAUGUCUUUUGACCGCUACCUGGCCAUCUGCAAGCCCCUUCACUAUCCCACCAUCAUGACCAACAACCUCUGCCUGCAGCUGGCCCUCAGCUCCUGGGUGAUGGGCUUCACCAUUGUCUUUUGUCAGAUGCUGCUGCUCAUCCAGUUGCCAUUUUGUGGCAACAAUGUCAUCAAUCAUUUCUACUGUGAUGUUGGGCCCAUCUUGAAAGCUGCCUGUGCAGAUACCAGCCUUCUGGAGCUACUGGGACUCCUGGCAACCAUCCUGGUGAUCCCAGGGUCACUCCUCUUUACUAUGAUUUCUUAUAUCUACAUCCUGUCCACCAUCCUCCGGACUCCUUCAGCCACUGGCGGCCAGAAGGCUUUCUCUACCUGUGCUUCUCACCUGACAGUGGUCUCCCUGCUAUAUGGAGCUGUUCUGUUCAUGUACCUGAGACCCACAACACACUCCUCCUCUAAGAUUAACAAGGUGGUGUCUGUGCUAAAUACUAUACUCACCCCACUCCUGAAUCCCUUUAUUUACACCAUUAGAAAUAAGGAGGUAAAAGGAGCCCUGAGGAAAGUGAUGGCCUGUCUAAAGGCUCAUCAUCAAGAGUGA